AUGUCUGAAAAGCAUUUGAAGAAAGAAGCUUACAUUGUGCAUACAAAGAAUAGACAAGAAAAAAUCAAAUUUGCUAAAGUUAAAGAAAUCUCCGAAUUGGACAAAGAAUCUAGUUAUGAAAAGAUAGCCCCAAACCUUAUUGGAAGUUAUCUCAAAGAACCUGAUAAUAAUGACAAAUUUUGGUAUCUAUCUAAUAAUAUGAUCUCCGAAGAUUGGCUAGUCUUUAAUGACUAUGAAAUCAUUGAAUUCGAGCUAAAGGUGAAAGAAAAUAAGAAAAAUAAUCCCAGUCAAGAACUUGUUAAUAAUAACAAGGCUGGCAAAAAUAUUAAAACUUCUAAUAAAGCCAAAAAGAUUUAA